AUGGCCUCAGUCCAUUGCUCCGGCAAUCGAGGCACACGCUCCUUUUCUGUUUUCGACUCUUUACUACCAUCUUCAUCUUCAUCUUCGAUCCACAGCCCAUCCUCUCGCCGAGUAUGUCGCUCACAAUUCUCAUCCCGGGGGCUACUCUACCAGACCCUCCUAAUUCUAAUCAUAAUUCUCUGCGUCGCGCCGGUUUCCGCACUCAUCGAACCCGUCAAACCCAUCGAACCUGGCCGACUUGCACAUUUCGCGCGAUCUACUUCUCAACAGAGUGGAGAGCCCACCGCCGAUCAUCAGCGAUCAUCGCUAUCGCCCGAUCGGCUGGCACCCAAGGAUGAGCACAAGGACGUCUCGCAGUCCCAAGCAUCCAAUAGUGCAUCGUCCAAUGCGUCCAAUCCUACAUCCAAUUCCACAUCAACAUCCACAUCGAUCUCAGUUGUCUCCAAAUCAACGGAGAGUUUUGUAUUCCCUACCCCGUUCGACACCCUGGCCAACACCUUCGCCAACGCCAGCUGCUCCGCUUUCUUCGCGAAUUUCCUCGCUAAUUCCACAAUAAUGGACUGCCACGCCGUCUCGCUGCUGCUGGAGAACUCCGUUUCCUUUUUCCAUAUCCUCUCGUCCGCCACUGAGACGUCGCAUGUGCUCGACAUCGCCUGCAACGCCCCCGUCACUCGAUGCGCAGACAUCCUGUCCUCUCUGGCGAACGAUAUGCUCAAAGAUGAGAAUUGCGGCCCGGAUUACUCCCAAGGAAACUCCGUCGUCCAAGGUGCAUACGAUGACAUGGUCGCCUAUGAACCUCUCUAUCACGCGACUUGCCUUACCAACCCGGUGACACAGAACUACUGUUUCGUUGAUGCGGUCAAAAACGCCUCGGCGCCGGCAGACUACAAUACAUACUUUGUUCCGCUGGGCGAGACUCUCGGCUCGCAUGGCUUGGUGACCUGCAACCAGUGUCUCCAGGCUACGAUGGGUCUCUUUGCAAGCUGGGCUACGCAUGAUGAUCAGCCACUCGAUAAGUCAUAUCUUCCCUCUGCUCGCGCACUUAAUGGGCAGUGUGGUGCUGGCUUCGUUCCUACGAAUAUUACCGUCGGCGCUGAUAAAGUGAAUGCUGGUGUUGGUCUUUCGGCCUCUCUACCUACGACCCUCCUUGUGGCCGUUUUCCUCUGUGGUUCGUUUAUCGGUCUUGUCUGA